ACUUCGCGGGCGGAGAUUGGCCUGUCCUCAUCUACGUGACUCUUCUUGCCUCAAUCAAGCACCGUUUGGUCUUCAUGGUUCAGAUCUCACCGCGCGCAGAGCCAGCCAUGCAAGCCAGCCGGGCAUCCACUCUCAGUGUGUUUGCAGACUGCAGCAUCCCAGCCGGUCUGCGGAUAGGACCUGUACCGGGCGUCUUCAAACUAGGGAAGUACGUUUCUGAUCGAAAGGAAGUUGGAUCAAAGAAAAAGAUUCGGCUGCAAAGAGGUGAAUUCCUGGACGAAACCGGUUGUCCGGUAUCGGACUGGAUUGGGUUUAUUCGUGCUGCCAGGAACAGUCAGGAGCAGAAUCUCGAGGCAGUCGCAGACCUCCCUGGUGGACAGAUCUUCUAUCGGGUGCUACGGGAGAUCUCUGCGGGCGAGGAGCUGAGUGUGUGGUACUCCAACCCCCUGGCUCAGUGGUAUGACAUCCCCACCAGUGCCACGCCAACUCAUGACGAAAAAGGUGAGGAACGUUAUAUCUGCUGGUACUGCUGGAGAAUAUUCAAAUACCCCAACACUCUGAAGGCACAUGUUCACUUCCACUGCGCCCUGAGCAACGGACGGGGGUUCGUAAGCACUGAACAGGCCCGGGGUACGGAAAGUUUUAGCCGGUCACCGAAGUCUGGGGACAUUCCCAACACUUCGGCCUCGCCCCGGAACGGACACAACAUCUCCAUCUCUGACUCCCGGCGCGCCGUGUCCUCCUCACCAUUCCUCACAAAGGCAGGGGUGUCUAAGAAAGGCAGCGCGGAAGAGCAGGACAGGGCUUUGGACAUGAGUGUGGCCUCGGCCCGGAACCACGGACACCUGCUGGGCCUGGGUGCGACCUCAUCUGUGUUGAGUAACAUGGGCUUCCAUCCCGGCGUGCGCUCUGCCUUCAAGCCCAUGGGCCUCUCCAAAACCCCAGCGGCGGAGCUCUCCAGAGAAGAACCCAACGGAAAGCAUACCACACUAGGCUUCAGUAAACUUCUUGGGAACAUGAAAUCGACGCGAGCCCUGAACGAACCUUUGACUGGAAAUCAUCCUCCCAAGUGUGUCCACCCAAUGGACUCCACAUCCCCGGUAGUGCCAUGCGGCAACGCCAUUCGCGGAUUCCCGUUAAUGCCGCAUUUUGAGGAGACCUCAGCUUUCAAGCACGUGGAGAGCCGCAUGCACUCCGGGCUGUCCCCGUCCCGCUACCCCCAGAUGCCAUCGGGACUCCAUUUUGAACGGUUCUCUCUCCCUCAGUUCGAUGGCGUCAAACCGUAUGGUGGGGACUGUAACAUUCCUCUCAUGCCCUUCACGGUGUAUAACGGCGAAUUGCUCUAUAGCUCACCGUAUUACCCACUAAAAUUCCACUUUAGUAACCUCCUGAAAUACCCAGAGUCCAUGUCCUACUUUGGGACUCCGACUCUGAACCAGGAUAUAGGCUCCAUAACUAACAUCGACAGGGAGAUAGCCAUGCACACCCAACAGCUGUCGGAGAUCACUGUGGAGAAGAAUAAGGCCAGACUGGACACUCUGCCCGGCGCCAACGCCAGCUCAGGCAAACCCAAAAAGGGACACCUGUGUCUGUACUGUGGGAAGCUGUACUCUAGGAAAUACGGUCUCAAGAUUCACAUGAGAACUCACACAGGGUAUAAACCCCUUAAGUGCAAAGUUUGUUUCCGGCCCUUCGGUGAUCCAAGCAACCUGAACAAGCACAUCCGCCUGCACGCGGAAGGUAACACGCCCUACAGAUGUGAGUUCUGUGGCAAGGUGCUCGUGCGUCGGAGAGAUCUGGAACGUCACGUGAAAUCACGGCAUCCAGGGCAAACCAUCAAAAAGACUGAGGACAAAACAGAAGGAAUUUUUGACGACCAAGAGGAGCACAAGAGUGACAAUGACAGUGAUGUAGACGUGUGCUUCACCGACGAGCAGAGCGACCAGGAGUCCAGUAAAAAUACUGAUUAACUAAAAUAAAGAGAAAUUAAGUUUUUUAAUGGCAACAGACUUCCUGUGCAGGUGUAUGUGUAAUUUAUGUCUGUGACUAAAUAUAUUUAUGUUUUAAAAGCUCUUGAACGUAAUGCAUUUUUUUUCUUCCUGAAAACCGUAUUAUGACUGGAAGUUAAUCUGGAUCAUAACUGUAUUCACGGAAUAUGUUCAUUAGGACCUUGCAGCCACAGGGCAACGGGCUUAGCAGGCCAUUGGAGCAUCUGCUAUUGGUGCAUGUUUCUACAUUAAAUGUUUGGUUUUGAAUCCCAAAAGGAGGUCAUUUGCACUUUAAAACGGUUAUAAAAAGGCAAGAAAAUGAACACCAACGAGAAGUCAAUUGUAUAAAUGUAUAAGCCCUAAAUGUUAAACUUAUUUUGGAAAAUGAACUUUCUGAUUUUCGCGUUCUUGAAUUGCACUUUUGCGGAAGCACGUUAUACUUUGAAGAAAAACAAUGAUAAUCCACAAUUAAUUUAAGGAAGUUGUAAACAAGAAAACAUCUAUUAAAUUCAUAAACAUAAUAAAGUGUUAGAUACGAUCAUCGACGGUUUAGUAAAACAGUGUUGUAUACCUUUGUUGAAGAGUGAUAUUGUACAAUAUUUGAAAAAAAAAAAUCCC